AUGACAAGCGAUAAAAAUCUUGAAUGGGAAUUGGAGGAAGGCCUUCCUCAAGUCGAGGACCCAUUCAUUCAGCAAUAUUUGAAGGGUCGUGACGCGCUUAUCACAGAGGAGCAGAAACAACGUCACGUUGAAGAUGCUACUUUUCGCAGGACACUCUCCCCGAUUGCUGCACGGGCUUGUCGGAUUGUAUCUCAGAUCCGGGCUCGUGAGCACAAUGAGGUCUGGACAGCUGGAUUAGACCCCGCUGCGGCUCAUCAGUCAGAUGAGAUCCUCUACCCAGGUGUUAUGUUUCACCAUGCAAAGGGUCGAAUGGAAAAUACAAAGCUAUGGAAGAUUGUGGAAAAAAUGCCCAAGGGAUCUUUAUUGCAUGCUCACAUAGACGCGAUGUUCGAUAUUGAUUUCUUACUUGAUCAAGCUUUCUCCACGGCGGGAAUGCACAUCGCAGCACCAGCUCCACUGAUCACUCCAGAAGACUACGAAACUGCACCCUUCAUGUUUAGAUUCUCAUCUCAGUCGCAUACAAGCUCUGAUCAACCCGCAAUUUGGUCCGACAAAUACGAACCCACGACACUGAUUCCCCUUGAAACAGCCGCAUCCUCAUUUCCUAAUGGUGGAGAAGCUGGAUUCCGGGAAUGGGUCAAGAGUCGGUGCAUGAUUAUGCCUGAGCACUCGUAUCAGCACCACCAUGGAGUAGAUGCGAUUUGGGCUAUCUUCAAGAGAACUUUCACAGUUAUCAACUCAAUUCUGAUGUAUGAGCCCAUUUUCCGAGUCUGCUUCCGUCGAAUGCUGGGGCAGCUUGCGGCUGACGGGAUUCGAUACGUUGAAUUUCGCAUCGUAUUGAAUCCUCUGUAUCAGAGAGAGGGGAGUGAUGAAGCCGAACCUGACAGAACAGAAUUCUGCCGGGUUUUUGAAGAAGAAGUGGAACGUUUCAAAGAGACCGAGGAAGGGAAGAGCUUUUACGAGGCACGAAUCAUUUGGUGUAGCUUGCGCGCCCUCUCGAAUCAAGACAUCGUCGAAAGUAUGAAGCAGUGCAUCUCAAUCAAGGAGCAAUUCCCAGAUUUGAUCUGUGGGUAUGAUCUUGUCGGGCAAGAAGAUGCUGGGAGGUCUUUGAAGGAUCUUGUGCCGUUGCUGUUUUGGUUCAAAAAACGCUGCGCGGAGGAAGGCCAAGAUAUUCCAUUCUUUUUCCACGCCGGAGAAACACUUGGGGAUGGUGACGCGGCUGAUCAGAAUCUUUUCGAUGCUGUAUUGCUAGGGACAAGGCGCAUUGGACAUGGUUUCUCCCUGUUCAAACACCCACUCCUUAUUGAUUUGAUCAAGGAGAAGAAAAUCCUGGUUGAAUGUUGUCCCAUUUCCAAUGAGAUCCUUCGACUGACGAGCUCUAUCAAAUCUCACCCAUUGCCAGCGAUGUUAUCCCGUGGCGUUCCUGUAUCUCUUUCCAACGACGACCCUGCCAUUCUUGGUCACGGGAAGAACGGAUUGACACAUGACUUCUGGCAAGCUUUGCAAGGCCUUGAAAACGUGGAUCUCGCUGGGCUUGCAAUGAUGGUCCAGAAUUCAAUUCGGUGGAGCUGCUACGAGGAUCAGUCGACAGCCGAGUGGAAGGCCGAAGUUGGGGAGGGGAUCCUGGGAGAGGGACUUAAGGCUUCCCGUUUACGAGAGUGGCACUCGGAUUUUGAGAAGUUCUGUGAGUGGGUUGUAAUGGAAUUUGCGGAGUUUGAUGACGAUGAUUGA